AUGCUCGAGUUCAAAGAGAGCCUCGCCGAUGCCCAGGAGAGAGCCAUUGCCGCCUAUCGAGAAUGGCCGCGAAUGGGGUUCCAAGAAUUCAUGGAGCUUGUCCCCAUCCCCGAUGAAGGCUGCAAGCCCGGGCCGGGCAUCAAACGCUUCAUGAGCCGUCAACCUGCGUGGAUGCCAGGCAAGGAGCUGCCAUGGGACGCUCUCUUCCAAAAUAUCAAAGGCCAGCGACCUCGGCAUAGCGGGCUCGGCGUGUUCGGCGGAUGUGUAUACGCCCAAGCGGCCUUGGCUGCUUCCAGGGCCGUUGAGGAGGAAGACAACCAACAAGCUGUUGCCACAGGGGUCGUCAAGCCCAAGCCAGGCAUCCACUCAAUACAAGGCGUCUUCGCGAUUCCUGGGUUUGGCGAUCGCCCCUUUGUCUUUGACGUUUCCAACCUCGUCUCUGCCCGCACCUUUUUCGGCCGUCAAGUAAACGUCCGUCAACCCAAGCAGCCGUCGUCCAAUCCUGCUGGGCCCUUUCCCCGCUCGGAUGCCGAGCGGCCCCUGAACGAUGUCUGCUUCAGCUGCAUCACCACCCUUAAACGCCCGACGCAGGGCCCCGACGACGUGCAGUCCUCCGACUCUGCUCAGGAGCGAUACGCCGACAUCCUGUCCCAACGAGCUCCUGACGAGUGGGAGGCUGCGCCCCAGUCAGACAUCGACGCGAUUACCGCCCUAUUCCCAGGCGCUGGCCACGGAGCUUUCCCCAUGCUAGACAUGUACAAGGUGGACAUGUCGACAUACAACCAAGACAAGGAGAUACCAGAUCGUCGACAACUCAUGCUAUACCGACCCUUGAAACCGAUUCCGCAGGACGACGUCAACGGACACAUUGCGUGCCACGCUUUCGAGGCGGAUCGCAACGGGCUGAUUAUGCUUGGCAACCACUUGGGCUACGGGUUCAACAUGGGCAUGGCAGCCAGUCUAAGCUACUCAUUCUACGUGCACACAAACGCGGACGAGGCUGUGAUGGACGGCGAGGGAUGGUGGAUCCAGGAGAUUAACUGGCCGCGAGUCAGCGCGGGAAGAUGCAUGAUGGAGAGCAAAAUCUGGAGCCCGCGCGGCAAGCACGUUGCGAGUGCAUAUCAGGACGGGAUGCUUGUGCCAGCGCGGGAGCCCAUGCAAGUGAAGCAAGUCAAGCUUUGA